AUGUUUUCAGUGCUUCUGGUAAAAGGACGGAACGGCAAAGACUUGCUGAUGCUUAACGGAUACACUUACUACCAGCACAAAAUCUUAAGGGAUGGAUUCCGGUGGAGCUGCACACAGAUGGGCUCCAGAUCCUGCCGUGGUUUCUUGCAUGUUACAAAUGAGAUGAUGGUCGUCAGAGCGUUUACUGAACAUACUCAUCCGCCAUCGACCUAUCUAUUGAAGAGCACUAAAAAGCCAAUGAGGAUAAAAAAUGCCGCGAACAACGAAGUGAUCGCUAAAAGAUCAUCAGAAAGAGAAGCCCUGAAUCCAUUAGCAUUGAAAAUUGCAAUUGAAUUCUACCUUCGGCCGAACGGGAGAAUUAACCUUCGUUUGAAUAACUUUACAUUCUACAAACAUCUUAAAGCAAGGAGCAACGCACACCGCUGGAGUUGCACCGCCUACGGCUCCAAAUGGAAAUGCAAGGCACACCUUAUCAUCACCGACACACUAGAAGUCUUGAAGGCAAACAUCCUUCACAGUCAUCCUCCAAGCAUGAAGAAAGAAACUAGGCUGCCGUUACUAAAAGAAAUUAAGAAAGAUCUGAAGCAAGCAUUACCUAAACCGAUGCAGGGCAGGACGGAUCCUGGCGCUUACUUUCGUACUUUGACACCGUUUCAGAAUUAUUUAGCAGCUCAUAGCGUUUUUGGCGGCAGCCCUAACGUGAAAUUAAUAGAGUUGAUGAACGGUCGAACUCUUCUCUUGGUAAACGGGUAUCCCCACUACAAGAAGCAACGCUCCAAGGAUGGAUCUCGUUGGUGUUGCAGCAAGGCUUACUGUAAUGCAUUCCUGCGUGUGAGCCAUGAUUUGGAGAUCCUCUACAUGAAACAAACACAUGAACACCCGCCAGCUAAGUUCUUAAAAUCAAGACGAUGUGGAAAAUAUGUACGAAUACCGUAA